GCCGCACCGUCGACAGCUUGGGUCCCGGCGUCCGUCCGGAGCGGGGCAGCCCAGCCCGGCCCGGCCCGGCCCGGGAGAAGGAGCCGCAGCCCCCGCCCUUAAAUGAAGUGGUCAUGCUACAGGCUCCUUAGAAUUUGAGCAUGGCUUUGAGUUACACAGCUUCAGCUGAAGAUGAGCAGAUUUCCUCUGGCAUCGAUGACCUCCAUUUUUCACUGCAAGCUGAGCAAGAACACACCCAGAAGAAAACAUUUACUUGUUGGAUAAACUCACAGUUGGCAAAGCAUGUGCCUCCCUCUGCAAUAUCAGACUUGUACACAGACAUCAAGAAAGGACAUGUGCUUCUUGAUCUGUUGGAAGUACUUUCUGGCCAACAAUUGACCCGGGAGAAAGGGACUAAUCCCUUUCAGUGUCGAAGCAACAUAGAGCAGGUCUUGGUGUUUCUGAAGAACAGAUCUAUCAAGCUCAUAAAUAUUCAUGUGACUGACAUUAUAGAAGGGAAUCCAUCCAUUGUGCUGGGCCUGAUUUGGACAAUUAUCUUGCAUUUUCAUAUUGAAGAGCUUGCCUGGACUCUUUCCUGCAGUUACAAUCAGCCUUCCCUUGAUUGUGUCACUGUGGUUGACUUGUCACCAACUUCAAGCCCUCCAGCAAAGAGACGUUCUAAAGCCCAGGCCCGAUGGAAGAUGUCCGCCAAGAAGGCCCUGCUUCUCUGGGCUCGGGAGCAGUGCGCCCCGCACUGUACUGUGAGCAUUACAGACUUCAAAUCGAGCUGGAGGAAUGGGAUGGCCUUUUUAGCUGUCAUUCAUGCCUUGAGACCAGACUUAAUUGAUAUGAACAUUGUAAAGGAUCGAUCCAACAGGGAAAAUCUAAACGAAGCCUUCCGUAUCGCCGAAUGUGAAUUAAGCAUUCCAAGAUUGCUGGAACCUGAAGAUGUUGAUGUUCUCCAUCCUGAUGAAAAAUCAAUCAUGACCUACGUAGCUCAGUUUUUGCAGUAUUCCAAAGAUUUACCUGUGGCUGAAGAUGAGGGAAAGGUAAAAGAUGCCAUAGUUUGGCUAACUUUGCAAGAGGAAAAGCUUAAGAAGCUGUCAGUGGAUUCAGAAAGUGAAACUUACUACAAAAAAUACCAAGAUAUGCAUUCAUUUUUGGAGACCUUUAAUGAAGAGAAGAAAGCCUUUUUGUCAGUGUUGUCAUUGAAAAAGAACAUGGUUGGCAUGACUGAUGAUCAGCUACAUCUGCGAGAAGCAUGGGACAGGCUCACUGACCAGAUCAAUGAAUGGAGAGCAAAGCUGGACCAUAUCUUGCCUUCACCCCUGGACCGUGUGGAAGCUUGGCUCCAGGAGGUGGAGCAUCUAAUGGCGGAAGACUUGCCGGCCUUCCAGGAUUACUCUAAUGCCAUGACCUUCGUGGAGGAAAAACUCCAUUUAUUGAAGGGUCUGAUGGAUAAUUUUGACUGUCACUUGAACACCCUUCUGGCGUUUGAGAAUAAAGAUCAGAAACAUAUGCCAUUGAUACCACCUGACAAACUGGAGGAAAUGAAAAGAAGGUUCAACGACGUUAAGGGUACUGACUUCAUUGCACUGCUAGAAUUCCACUAUUACUUAGGUUCAGUGCAGGGUUUGAUUGAUGAAGUGAAAUCAAAAUUACAUUUUUGGAACAUCAAAUAUGGAACAAAGGAGUCUGUGGAGUUAUUGUUGCAAGAUUGGCAUAAUUUUAUUGAAAAAAGGGAUGUCCCAGCCCAGCUUGAUGCUAGUUUUCAAAAAUGUGAAGAAAUGAACAAGAACCUAGGUGGAGAUCCUCAGAAUAUCAGCAAGCAGUUUAAAAUAGUGGCGUCACAAAUUUCUGCAUGUAGAAAAUACAUUUACAAAGUAAAAUCAACCCUGCAAAAAGUUCUGUCAUCUUGGGAUACUUAUACGAAGAACCUUCACUUCCUGAAGUUUUCAUUGGAGGAAUCAAAAAAAGAACAUCCUAAAGAGAUUUCGUCUGCGAUUCUGGCCAGCUGGAAUUCAGCACAUGGAAACUUAAAUGAGGCUGGAAACUUUUUGAUGGAAGUUAGCAAUGAUCAAGUUGGAUUGAGUAUUGCUAAAGAUUUGAAAAAGCUGAACAGAAGAUGGGCAAAAUUUAUUAAGAAAACACAGUUUGAAUUGAAAUUACAACCUGUGAAUAAAGAGCAGAAGCAACUUCUUGACAAUAACGGAAAUACUGAGUUGUGUAGAGAGGAAAAAUUAAGUAUUCCCAGCGAGUCAAUAGAUCUUUCAACUGAAGUUCUUAAAAGACAUAUUCGAGAUUUAAAGAUUAAGGAAGAAAAUGAAGGCGAAAUUAAGGAGUCCUCCAGCUUGCUCAGAAGAGUUGAAGAGGUUGAGAAGCUCAUUAAUCAAGUGGAAAACUGGGAGGCAGAAACCAGACCCAUUUUGAAUCUUCUCCAGCAUCAGCCAUCUAUGGAAGGGUCAACAGAAGAAUCUUUGCAGCAUCUGAUUGCCAAAGGCUCUGCCUGCCGAGACCACAUAUCCAUGGCGGAAGACAUUUUGCAAACAGUGACACACGGCGUUUCCAGACAAGGAUCUCUGCAGCAUUUUCACACCACCGGGCUGCAGGCCCAAAUCGAAGAAGCAAAAGACAAAAUCCAGACUACCGUGACGGAGCUAGAGGCGGUUGUACGGAAAGCAGAGCCUAGUGCAUCCGAAAAGGAGAUUAGGGUUCGAUUUGAAGAAUCACGGAAGGAACUGGAAUCUUGCAUCACCAAGGCCCUGAAGCUCCUGGGGUCAAAAGCAAGCUGUGAGGAUCCUGCCUCUGAGCAUAAGGAAGCUCUAAGCAUUUUAGACAGUAAAAGUUUUGACAAGUUUUUGGAAGCUGCUGCACAACAGAAGAGUAUUUCACCUGCCCAUGCGAAGCUAGCAGUGGAAGAGCAGAGCCGGGAGCUCUGUGAAAAGUGGAAGGCUGUGAGUCAGGAAAUAGUAUCGUAUAUAUGUAUCUUAAAAGUGGAAAUUGAAAAAGGAAAACUGAAUGAAAUCCUUUCCAAACUCGAAAAGCAAAUCAAUAAAGAGGAGAAGUGCAUCAGCAAAGGAAGAACCAAAGGGCUCGCCAAGCAACACGAGGCGUGUUUUUUGGCCGGAGGACGCUUGGGCCAGCUGGAUCAGCACCUGACCGCACUUCGAUCCCUCUGCCCUGUCCUGCCUUCUGAGAAAAGUCAACAAGAAGCCAGAAAUGUGAUUGCAGAGUUUGAAAAGAGAAAAGCCAAACUCCAGAAAUCUAUUGCUGAGAUUUCUCUGGUCCUCCCGUCCCUUGUUGGAGGUAGUAAGACACCCAAAAGCAGGGAGGUUGUGACCACUGCAGAAAAUGGAGACAAGGAAGCUGGCACUAGUGUACCUUUGGCCAAUCAGAAUGAAUCAAGGUCUACGGAGGAGGCUUCAGAAGCAACUCGGGAUGUGCGCCUGAAAGCCGAACCUAAGCUUCAGUAUGGAGAAAGCUCUACAGCAAAACCCAAGAAGGACAGUGACUUAUCUUUGAGAAAAUUAUUAAAGAGCUACGACACCCAGAGAGAGAGACUGGAGCUUCAUUUUCAGACCGGCAAAACUAGAAUAGUUUCUGCUUUUCCGAGUGACUCUGAAAGGGGAAUUUCUUGUCUUCAGGAUAAAAUGAAAGAUCUUCAGGUUUUAAAGGAUGAAACUGAUUCUUGCUGGAGAGAAUUUGAAAUCGCUUCCUCUAAAGUUGAAAAUCUUCUUGAUGAUGCCGAAAAACUUAUAAUUUCCAGAACAUAUGACAGAUUAAAGAGAGAAGAGAAAGAAUUUCAAAUAACCCUAAGUAUGAGAAUGAAAUCUCUAGAGAUUGCACUGGGCAUUGUUUUGCCAAUAGAAAAGGAAGCUGCACUUCUGUGUGAUUCAGAUCAACUCUCUGGAAAAGAAAUACAGGAAUUUAAUUUGACCAAUAUUGAUGCCAUUUAUCAAAGCCUACAGGAUAUCCAGAGCUCCUUAGCAAAGCAAAUUGAACUAUGUAGCAACUUGGAGCUUCCAGACAGUCAGAGGGCCAAAGAAUUUAACCCCAUAGAUUUGCAUGCAACUCAUAGUAUUAUUUUGAAAUAUAAAAAGCAAUUUGAAGAAAUGACUCAAAAGUUGCAGAGCUGUGGAGACGCCCUCAGAGCUCUUGAAGAUUUCUUGGCCUUGCUAAGAACGACUAAACUUUCUAUUGAGCAUGCUACAGAUGGGUCAGCGUCGAAUGUUACUGCCUUGCAAGAAAACACCUCAGUCAUAGAAGCUGUUUGGAAAGAAAUUCCCCAGAUGGAAGAGGUGGCCAAGGGCUUGGAUGAGCGCUUGAAGACGCUUGGCAUCUGCUUCAAAGACGCUGAUAAUGGUGAAGAUGCUUCCUGCGUGAACUUGGCGGUAGCACUGUCUAAAAUGGCAGCUGAGGCUAAGGAUCCUUCUGAGCUCAUUGAACGUGCUCAUCGUCGUCAACUUCUGGAGGCUUUUUUGGCCAAAAAUAAUGAACUCUUAAAAAAUAUUCAAGAUGUCCAGGACCAGAUUAAUACAAUUGGUCUGAAGGAUUCAACGAUCCCUGCUGUUUCACACAGGAUUAAAUCAUUGACUGAACUGGAGAAGAAACUGAAUGAUUUUGGAAGGGAAAUAGAAUACUUGUGGGAGAUGGCUGAAGCUCUUCCCCAACUCAAAACUGACAAGGGGGAAAUGCCUAAUCAAUUAUGCCGGGCUACGGAGUGUUUCUGGGACAAUGUGAAAUCUUCAGUGGUGGAAUGCCUAGAGCAGUGUGAAAGAAUCAUGGAACUCCUAAAGCAAUAUCAGAGUUGUAAAAGUGUUCUGACAACUUUGAUACAGAAAAAAGAGAGUAUUGUCUCUCAGCAAGCUUCUUAUAUGGGAAAGGAAAACCUGCAGAGAAGAAUAGCAACGAUUGAAAUGGUUAGAGAGGAGUUUAAUGAACAUUCACAAGAUGUGGACCGAAUAAACCAGAUAUGCAAAAAUCUUCAGUAUCAGCUGAAUAAAAUGAAAACCUAUGAGGAGCCUCCCUUUGAGAAGGAGGCUAACAUAAUUGUGGACAGGUGGUUGGAUGUCAAUGAAAAGACUGAAAAUUACUAUGAGAAUCUGGGAAGGGCUCUCGCUUUGUGGGAGAAACUACUCAACUUAUCAAGUGUUAUCGAUGAAUGGACACAAAAGGAGCUUGUGCAUGUGGAAGUUCAUGGUUGCCCUGAAGAGGAAGUAGCAAGGCUGAAGGUGGAGUUAGAAGCUCAAGAGCAAAAUAUUGCAGAAUUUGAUAGUAAGGUAACUGAGAUACAGCAUCUUCUCCAAAGCAGUGAGCCACCACUUGAAUUACAGGUCACAAAGUCAUUUAUUUUGCACAAAAUAGAAGAAAUAAAAGCUUUUUUGGCCAAAAUCAAUACCUGUUCACUCAGCGGCAGCCCAGCUGAGCUCAAAGAGGACCUGGACCAGGCCAAGAAUCAAAUAGGGAUGACCGAAUCCCUCUUAAAAGCCUUGUCUCCUUCUGACAGCUUGGAGAUCUUUACUAAACUAGAGGAGAUACAGCAACAAAUUUUCCAGCAAAAGCAUAGCAUGAUCCUACUUGAGAAUCAAAUUGGCUGUCUGACUCCUGAGCUCGCUGAAUUAAAGAAGCAGUAUGAGAGCGUCAGUGAUUUGUUUAAGACAAAAAAGAGUAUUUUGCAAGAUCAUUUUUCCAAUCUUUUAAACGAUCAGUGCAAGAGCUUCAAUGACUGGCUGAGCAGUACUAAGGUAUCACUCGUGGAGUGUUUUGAACCAUCUGAAACCAAGAAGAGCAUGGAGGACAAACUACAAAAGCUGACCGAUUUCCUGACUUUUGAAGGAAGAGGCAGUACCAUGCAGCAGGUAGAAACUGUGCUAAAUCAGGCGAAGAGACAUCUGCCCAAAGCGAAUGUUAGCCAGCUGAAUGGCUGGAUAGUGAAUCAAGAAACAGAAUUACAGCGAAUGGACUCCUUGUGUCAAGCACGAAUAAAAGAGCUUCAUGAUUACUUACAACAGCUUGUAAGGCUUCAGGAAGACAGCAAAAGCUUGAACAAAUGGCUGACUACUCAAGAGGAAAAGUGGAAGGAAACCAAAGAAUCGAAAAAGCAGCCUGAAAUAUUUUACCGAGCAUUGAAGAGACAGAGGGAUUCAUUUGAUGCUCUGGCUCAGUUGACCAACUCUUUGGAGAAAAGCGGUUUAACUUCAGAAGAAACAGUAACUGAGGGUACUCGUCUGGUUAGUAGAUACCAAGCCCUGCUGAGCCGACUCAGUGACCAGCAAGGAGAAUGUGAAUUGCUCUCUGUCGUUGACCAGAACUUUGAGGACCUUGCCCAGGAGACUUUUUCUUGGAUCACCGAAAUCAAAGAGUCCCUUAUAGCUUUGAAUUCAACAGAAGGCACGAUGCCACUUGAAGAAAGGAUCCAAAAAAUCAAGGAGAUCACGUUACUAAAGCCCGAAGGGGAUGCUAAAAUACAGAACAUCAUCGUACUGAGUGAGAGAAGCAAACUGGCUAUGGUUCAGGAGACGAUUUUGGAUCUCGAGAACCAGUGGGACCGCACCAUUCACUUAGCCAACAAAUAUCUGAGCCAUCAAGAAAAGCUUCGGCUUGAGGGAGAUAAAUAUCUGCAAAGUAAGGAAGACUUGAAACUAAUGCUUACCGAGCUGAAAAAGCAGCAAGAAGCAGGAUUUGCUCUUCAGCAUGGUUUACAGGAGAAGAAAGCUCAGUUGAAAAAGUUCAAGAAAUUCCUGCAGAAAGCAGAAGAUUUGACCUCUUUGUUAAAUGAGUUAAAAGCUCAGGGAAAUUAUCUUCUGGAAUGCACUAAAAACCACAAUUUCAGUGAAGAACCGUGGUUAGAAAUAAAACACCUCCACGAAAGCCUCCUCCUCCAGUUACAGGAGUCCGUGAAGAAGUCAGAAGGUCAUGUUCAAGAGCACCAGCUGUAUCAAGAUUUGAUCACAGACUUAAGGACCACCUUGAAACGUUUCAAUGAGGGCCUUUGCAGAAUUACAGAUGUGCCGAUCGAUAAAAUGGCCGCUGAGAAUACUGUGCUGAAAAUCCAGGAACAAGAAGAGGCUCUUUGUCAAAAGGGUAUCACUUUGGAGAAGAUUUUAUCUUUAGCACAAUCUGUCAAACAAAACACCUCUUCAGUGGGAAAAAAGAUGAUUACAGAUGAGACGGAAUCACUUAAAGUUCGAUACAGAGAAUUGGAAAGCAGACUUCAGUUUGUUAAACAGGAGGCUGCAGACAGACUCAAUGACAUCCUGCAAUCGAAAAGUGAACUCCCAUCCCGAGAUAAAGAAGCGACAGCGCUACAUGAACAGAAGCCUGUUGGUCCUGCUGUGUGCGCUUCUGUUCCGGGGGCUAGUGGAGUCGGAAAGUUGACCCCAGAUUGGGUAGUAAGCAAGGAUUUGGAGGCUGAUAUUUUGACAGAACAACAAAGUCUGGUCCAUAUGGGUAGUAAAUCCAACACUCUUGAAAAAGAUUCCACCGAAAUGUUCAAUAGCGAAGACCUGCUUGAGGUCCAGGAGCAACUGAACAUAUUGCUUGGAGAUUGUGAUUUAUACAAAAGUCAGCUGAAGUUAUCUGCACCUAAUUUGGUUGGUGAUCAAACUGAAAGUGUGUCAAAAGUGGCCCAAGAUCUGCCGAAAAGAGACCAAUUGCCUUGUACAAAUGUGGAGGAAAUAGUCCCGGUUUUAGAUGAAGAGCAAAAUUUGAGUCUGGAAAUGAUUUCCUUAGAACAACUCUUUCCUGAUGCUGAAGCAAGUAUGGAAAGCAUUGAAGAUGAGCAGAAAGUCACUAAGUUGCAAAAUCAGGCAUUUGAAUUAAAUACUUUGUGUGCAAAGGAACAGCUCAAAGAAUUAGAGAAAUUAUACACUAAGUUGAAAGAAAAGAGAGCUGCCAUUUUGCCUUUGGAGCAACAUGUGUCUUCUCAGUAUGCAAGUGCUUCAGAGCCAUCGAAUGCCAAAUAUGCAGCAUCUCAGAUGGACAAGUUGCUUCACACACUCUCUGCUUUGAAAGACGAUAAGCACAGGCAGUAUAUUCUCAUUAAAAACUUCAAGAAGCAUCUGUCUGCUGUUAAGGCAUCAAUUAAAGCAUUAUCAGCAGAAAAGGAAACCUUGAAGACGGGAACUCAGGAUCACAAACUCUAUCAAAAGAAAAUGGAAAGAUGCCUGGAUUCAAUACAGAAAGAGGGAGACUCCUUGUGCAGGUUGAAGAUGGAGCAGGAAAAUGUGUCUGGUUACCUGACUGAAAUGGACAAGAAAUUUUCCGAAAGCCAAGUCAGGCAUCUUGAACAUUGUUGGGAGCAUGUAGAGCAAGUGGUUCAAAAGAAAUACUCUCAACUGGUAGCAGAAGAUGAUGAAUUUAAGUUCCUCAUGAAUAAAGCCCGGGAUAUAGAGCGUUUGCUACAACGGCUUCAAAGAUGUGCAGAAUUGGGUUCAACCUCUCCAGAAGGACAAGAAGAAAAUGAAGGUUUGUUAUCAUUGGCCACGGAGCUUCAAGUCACUAAGCACCGCAUUUCUCUUUUAAAAGGGAGAACGGAGCAUGAGUUGAAGAGGAUUUGGGGAGAAGAGGAAAAGGAAACUCUAGAGAACACAAUAAAUGCUUUGCAGAAGCAGCUGGAGGCAAUGGAAACCCCCAGGCCUGAAGUGGCAGGGCAGACGGAGAAGUGGGAAAUCAUGACAGCAGGAGGAGAAGUGGUUGUCUGGGUCAAGAGCUCAUUGGCCAGCCUUGAUCAGGGGGUCACCCUUCUCCCAGAAGAUGUUCUCUCUCAGGCCAGAAAACAUCAGACAGUGCAUGCAGAGAUUCUAGGUAAAUGGCCGGCAAUAGAGGCCCUGGUGGAAGAGGCCGGUGUCGUUGCUCCUCGCCUGAGUGAGCAAGAAGCUGCUAACAUGAGUUUCUAUUUAAAAGAAUUACAAGAUUUGUAUCAGCUGCUUGUUUUCAAAUCAACUCAGAGGUCACAGCUGUUGGAAUCCAAACUGGAAGAAAGAGAGAGGCUUUUUUCAGAAAUAAAGAGGAUUCAGAGUUUUCUUCAAGAAAAUGAAAUACUGAUCCUUCCAGACAUCAGAACCACCUUCACAAAGGACAAAUUAGAACAUCAAUAUGUCACUUUAAAGUCAUCGCACGAGAAACUGACCAAAAUUAAGGGAGUUAUCCUGACAUAUCUUCAAGAGAAUCCAUUUUCCCAGAAAGAUCAAAAUAUAUUUGAACAAAUAUUCUUAUGUGACCAGUUAAGGAGCCUUAAGAAUAGAGCAGAUAGAACCCAAAGAUUGAUUCAGAAUAAAUAUCAUGAUGUAAGAAAAAUGUUAAAUGUCUAUAAUGAACUUUUGGAACAGGCAACUUUGUUUCAGCAAGAGCUCAUUAAAGUCCACUGUGAUGAGCUAAGGUUAGAUAAAGAAGGCAUUUUAAGAACAAAUCAGGAAGUUAAGGACAUAUUUUCUGUUCUUAAAGAAAGGCUGUUUGUUCUUCAAACACAUGUCUCACAAGUUCUAAAACACAAAGAGUUGUUUGAAUGUGUGGGAUUAAGCUGGGACACUUCACAGCUCAGUGAAUUGCAAACUCAGUUGCUUAAGAUAGAAAGUGAACUUGAGGAGAAUUUUAGAAAGUCAGACAGACUUGCAGCUGAGCAUGACCAAUAUCAAGCAUCACUGAGUGAAAUUCUGGUCCUGACUUCCCAGUUGAAGAGUGAAACUGCUGCUCUAGCCAGUCAACCUGAGUCUCCUCCGAAACAUGGAUUCCAAGCUGCUCAGACUUUGGACAGGAGAGUUGAAAAAACACAAUUCUUAACUCAAGCAGCAGAAAAUCAGUUAAAAACAAGUGAGGUCUUUGAAGAAUCCUUCAAAAGGAAAGAGCUAAAACGAAUCAAAAGCCUUUCAAAAGACCAUAAGUGGAUGCACAGGUUUCUCCAAGAUAUGGCAUUGGGUUUUCAGCCUAAAUAUAUCAAUGAAAAAGACUUUCUGAGCAAACUAGAUGAUAGUUUCCAUGAGCUAAUGCAAAUUAAAUCUCAGGUUCAGCAUCCAUUACUUGUAGACUUGGACUUGAAAUGCAUUCAGGAUGAAAGGAAUUAUUAUGAAACGCUUCAAGAAAAGGUCCAGGUAGAAGUUUGUAUCAUUAAUGCUCUGACUGGUGAAGAGAAGCAAAAACAAGAAGAAAACUCUGGUGAACCUAAUAGUUGGGAAACAAAGUACAAAGAACUGGAAAAUCUUCAAAUACAGCUUAUGAGAGACAUUGCAUCGAGUCUAAACAACUUAAAUGACUCCUAUGACAUCGUGAAGGCUUUUGAAGAAAAUGUGCAAAAGGCAGUUGGGAUAGUAACUGCAUUUGAAGCUAGUGUUCAUUCCCACAAAAUAGAUCUUGAUACGAUAGAAGAAUCCAAAUGGAAACCAGAAGAAUUUGAGUCUGCAGUAGCGGACAUUCAAGAACUUGCCUGCAAACUAGAAAACCGAAUUAAGCCCCGUGCCAAACUACAGCUUCAGUAUACUUUGAGCCAACUUACCUCUAAGAGGGCAGCAGUAAGAGCGGCAGCUGAAGUGCAGAGAGAGCAUGUUGAUAGAUGCUUGGAGAUUUAUGCACACUACAACAAGGAGACGCAGAAGGUUUGCAUUAACUUUAAUGAAGCUGCAAAGUUACUCCACCAGUCCAUGACUCAUGUCCCUUUGUCAUACAAAGAAGCCUUGGAGCACUUGGAACAGACCAAGGGUUUGGUGUUGAAUCUUCUUUCCAUGGAAGAAACGUUGAUGGGAUUGCGUCAGGAUCUGAAGCAUCUCAACCCACUGUGCACAGAAAAGAGCAAUCUGUGCCUGCUCAAAAUGGUGUCAGCUCUUUGGGAGAAAUGGCUGAGUUUUCUGGAAAUUGCUACAGAAUGGGAGAUGAGCUGUGAGGAGUUGAAACAGGAAUGGAAAUUUGUCAGUGAAGAAAUUGAACGGGAAGCCAUAAUUGUAGACAAUCUUCAAGAAGAGCUACCUGAGAGUACCAAAGCCAAAGAGAAAGCCACCAAGGAAGAACUUUCGGAAUCACUAGAGUAUUUGUGGCACUUUGAGGAAAGCCUAGAUAGGCAGCAGCUACUAUUGACUCUGCUUCUUCAACGUCAGAAGAGUGUCCUGAAUGUCCCCGCAGUUUUGGAGUUGAUAGAAACCGUUCCUGCCGUGCAAGAGAUUCGCUCUAUGCAAGAUCGAUGCAAUAAGCUCUACCAAAAAGUUCAAAAAAAUAAAGAACUGGUGCAAACUGAAGUCAGAGAAAGAGACAGUAUAAGUAAAGAAAUAAUAGCUCUGAAGAAUUUGUUUCAAAACACAGUAAAUUCUUUCCAUGAAAUGGAGAUGCAAGACCAAACAGAAGAGGCACAACAAUUUGAGGAGAUCCAGAGAAUAAUUACCAAAGAGAAGUUAACUCUUGAAAAUAUUAUGGAAAAACUCCGUAUCAAGUACUCUGAAAUGUACUGCAUCGUGCCUGCAGAAAUAGAAACACAGGUGGAGGAAUGCAAAAAAGCUUUGGAACGUGUCGAAGAGAAGGUUCGAAACAAAAUCCUGGAAAGUUCACCACCCUUUAUGAUGAAUAGAAAAAUAGAAGACAUUAACAAUGGACUUCGGAAUGCUGAAAAGAUGUUGCAACAGAAAAGUAAGAACAUUGAGGAAGCCCAAGAAGUUCAAAAGAAAAUCUGGGAUGAACUGGACCUCUGGCACUCCAAACUAAAUGAACUGGAUUCAGAAGUUCAGGAUCUAGUUGAACAGGACCCAGGCCAAGCCCAAGAAUGGAUGGAUAACUUAAUGGUUCCACGUCAGCAAUACCAACAAGUGUCACAAAGAGCAGAAUAUAGGACUUCCCAGCUGAAUAAGGCCACUCUUAAAAUGGAGGAAUAUAAUGAACUUUUGAAGGGCACUGAGAUUUGGAUUGAUAAAACCAGUUGUUUGCUGGCAGACCCUGUGGAUUACGAUUCUUCAAAGGCCCUAAGUCAGCAUGCUACUAAACUUCAAAUGGCCUUAGAAGAUUCGGAACAAAAGCAAAAUCUCCUACAUUCCAUUUACUCAGAACUGGAACAGUUGUCAGUCAUCCUGGAAACAAAGGACGUAGCACAACUGCCAAACCAAUUAAGUGAUCAAGUAUCAACUUUACAGCAGGAGAUAAUGGGAAGACUUCCUCAACUCCAAGAUAUGGCAGAUGAGGUCACUGCGAUUGAACUGGAAGUGAAAUCAAUGGAGAAAAAGUUUGCAAAAAUUAAAAGUAUCCUGCUUUCAAAAGAUAUAUUUGAUUUUUCUCCCAAAGAACAUCUCAAACAUGGGGAGGUAAUACUUGACAACAUACACCCCAUGAAGAAGACUAUUGGUGAGAUAAAAUCCUAUGGGACUAUUGUGAAAUUUCCUGGUGCAGGAACAAAACCUCUGCCAGUGUUUGAAAGAACAAACCAGCUUCUGCAAGAUGUAAAGGUAUUGGAAAAAGUGACCCAAGAGCAAAACGAACAGCUGAAGAUGACCAUAAUACAGACUGAUGAAUGUGACCAAGAAAUAGAAAAUUUGAAGCUCCUCUUAAAGAAUUACUCGAGUGAAUCGUUGCCUGAAGAAACCAUCACUUCUCCCCAAGGACAGGGAGGCAUCCAUGAGGUAGAAGAACAGAUCUUGAAAUUAAACCAGAAGAAAGAAGACCUGCUGAUGGGCUUGAAGUCCUCCUUACAAGAACUUCAUCGGCAUUUACACCUGGAACCGGAAGAAGGGGACAGCGAAGUGCCAGCAGCUGUCACGGCAACGGAGGAAAGUGGAGGGGCUGCCAGAGGAGUUUGUGAAUGGAAAGUGAAAAGAAAAGGAUCCAUGUCUCUGUUGCCGUCAGUCGUUGAAGAGGUGGAAGAAAGCUCCCUGAAGAGUGAAAAUGGAGAGAAGAAAGGAGGUCCCGGCCCAGGUUCCCUGUCUUUACGAAGGAUGCGCGAACCAGACCAGGAAGAUGACAGAGCGUCUGCAUCCUCUGAAACCCUUAUCGAGGGUGCCCCACCCACAUCUCUGAAAGCCAGUGUCCAAGACCAGGAGAGCCGGCCAGGGGCUUUGGAGAGCCCCGAGGAGGCUGCUGGGCCAGAGCCCGCAGACCUGCUCCUCCAAGUCUGCAGGCAGCAGGUGGCUGAACUGGAGCUGUGGCUGGAUCGGGCCAAGAGGUCAUUUGCAGCAGAAACCCGAAACCCAGAAAUGCAGCAGUUGGUGGAACAGCAGCUUGCAGGUUGCCAGGCUAUGUUAACGGAGAUUGAACAUAAAGUUACCUCUUUGCUGGAGAACUGUAAAGAUCAGGACCAAGGAGAUGGUAGAGGCCUUCAGCAGGAGGCUGAGGCUCUUUCCCUGAAACUAAAAGCUGUUAAAUGCAAUUUGGAAAAAGUCCAGGUGAUGCUUCAGGACAAAUACAGCAUAAAUCAGAUCCUAGAAUUAAAACCAUCGGAACAGAAAGAUCUUAUUAGAUUCAUAGAAUUUAAUGCUGAGAAACUGUGGCAUCAGCAGAACCAAGAAGAAAAUAAUACAACUCAGAAACCAGCUGAAAGCCUUCAAGUGCCUGAUUCAAGAAAAGAGCCCCGUGAUUUACUUUGGACUCCAGCAGGCCAAAGUGGAGACAAAUGGCAGAAUUUACAGCCUGAGUUAUCUUCUAAAAUGAAACUCCCUUUCCCUCAGCUUGGAGAGCCUCAGGUGCCAUUGAAAAUGAAUAUUCUACCCAGGAUUUCUGUGUAUAAUGUUAGAUCUCCAAUAAUUGAAGAACUGAAAACCUACACUGUUCAGCUUGAGGAUCUAAGCCAAGAAGCAAAUGAUAUUCAGGCACAGGAUACCUUAGUGGGGGAUGGCUCCUUAAACUUGGAGAAAAAGUUGUUUGACCUACUUCUGGCCAUCAUUUGCUGCUUAAGUAACAUGGAGGAGAUGUUGCGGGCCUCUUCGCUGCCCAGUGAGGAUGCAGUUUUGCAGCAGGCCCAUUUUGAGGCUCUGUCCAGUGAGCUAAGAAACCUUCAGGCUGAUGUACGUGACAAGAAGGAUGAGCUUUUGAAGACUGUAACACGUUCUGGCAAGCGCUCUGAUGUUUUCUGUGAAUGCUUUGAUCACCUGCAAACUCAGCUCCAGUUGACACAGGCUGCUGCUACCUCCCAGAGCCAGAUGAUUAAAGCUGGGCUGGAUCAGAACAGUCACUACCAGAAUGAAAUAAGGCUGCUGUGUGAUCAACUUACUGAGAAAAAAUCAACUCUACAACGUUCCUUGAAACAAAUCAGUGGCCAGAGUGUGGGUGAGCAACUUCAGAUAAUGGAUGCAUGUGCCUUAGAGCUGCAAAACUAUGAGAGACAAGUAGCAAAACUGAAAGAUGAAGGUGAAAAACAUUGCCUACCAGAUGUUUUAAUUCAAGAGGUAUACAAAUUAGAGGAUGGCCUGGAUGAUCUGUGGGGGGUCGUCAGAGCUGAGCAUCCAGACCUGAAGAGCCCUUUUAAUUUGGAAAGCCAAGCAGAGGGCUUGUUGCGAGGGUUGGGAGAGUUUAUGGUUAUCGCUCGGGAAAAGCUUGCCCACGACCAAAGACUUCAAACCAGAAGUAAAGUUGCUUUACAGACUCAGCUGCAGAGUCAUAAGAAAUUUUUCCAGAAACUGAUUGCUGAUAUGUUGCUGAUGGAGACCCACUUCAACCGAGCCCCCCAUUUUGUGUUACAAAAGCCAGAAUUGCUUUGGGCAGAACAGGUGAAAGAAGUGACACUUCUGGAGCAACAGGCACAUCAGCGGGGAACACAGUUGGAGAGCCUGCUGCAGGAAUGGGAAGAAUUUGAUGAAAAUAAUGCAUCCCUUGAAAAAGAUUUGGAGGCCCUUGCAUCCUCACUUCCUUCCGUGAGUCUAGUGGAGGAAACGGAGGAAAGGUUGAUGGAGAGGAUUGCUCUUUACCAGCAAAUUAAAAGAAGCAUUGAUGAAAAGCAUGCCCAGCUUUACCAGACCGUGAAUGAAGGAAAGCAGCUGGUGUCCGCUGUGGGUUGUUCGGCGUUGGAGAGCCAGAUUGCGAAGCUGGAAGAGCAGUGGCUAUCUUUGACCCAAAAGGUGGAUCAUGAGCUCCACAGACUUCAAACACUUCUCAAACAUUUGGUCAGUUACAACCAGAACUCCGGUGCGUUAAUCAAGUGGUUGGAAUCUGCUCAGCAAACUCUGAAUUACUGGAAAGAGCAAUCUCUUAAUGUUUCUCAAGACCUGGAAACAAUCAGGGAAAACAUAAACAGGUUUUUUGAUUUCACAAAAGAAGUAGAUGAGAAAUCUUCCUUGAAGACGUCUGUGAUAAGCACGGGAAACCAGCUUCUCCACCUGAAAGAAACUGACACAGCUACACUUCGAGCUUCCUUGGCUCAGUUUGAGCAAAAAUGGGCAAUGCUAAUCACUCAGCUCCCAGACAUACAAGAAAAACUCCACCAACUUCAGAUGGAGAAAUUGCCAUCUCAAAGAGCAAUCACAGAAACUAUGACUUGGAUGAAGAACGUGGAGGGCCAUAUGGAAGAUGAGACUGAUGUGGAUUCACAGAGCACAGUUUCCCAGGUUAAAAACCUUCUGCAGAAGUAUAAGGAGUUCAGGAUGGAAAUGAACUACAAACAGUGGAUCGUUGAUUUUGUCAAUCAGUCCUUGCUCCAGUUAAGCACCUGUGAUGUAGAAAGUAAGCGCUAUGAAAGAACCGAAUUUGCAGAGCAACUUGGUGAGAUGAACCGUCAGUGGCACAGAUUACACGGGACAUUAAACAAAAAGAUACAAUACCUGGAACAGUUUUUGGAGAACAUCACUGAGAACGAAAACAAAAUGCAAACCUUGAGCAGCUGGAUGGAAGCCCAGGGAGAGAGGUUGAAAACGUUACAGAAGCCUGCAAGUAUCAUCUCAGUCCAGAAGACUUUACUGGAUUGUCAGGAACUUGAAAAUCAGCUUGCAGCUAAAGCCAAAUCCCUGAAUGAGCUGAGAGAGAGUUACGAGGUUCUGGACCGUGGCCGGGGUGCGGUGUUACGAGACUCGGUUUCUCAAGUUGCCGGGCUAUACCAGAUGCGAAGCGAGCUGCUCAGUCAGGUCACCGCUCUCAAGGCCUACAUGCAGUCAGUGUUACAGCACUGGAGGGUGUAUGAUAAGCUCUAUAAAGAAGUGAAUGUGGUGACAAUACAAUUCUGGUACUGUGUCGAGCACAGUAAGUCUGAUGUAAUAUCAUUGGAAGCUCUGAGGAGGCAGGUGAAGAAUCUUCAGGUUCUUCAGGAGGAAGCAGAGAGAAGUGAAGGAAGUUGGGAUAGACUCCAGGAGGCUGUUGUCCAACUCAAAGACUGCUGCCCUUCAUUUUCGAAGAUCGUGGAGCAGAAAUUCCAGGGUGCCCGUUCCAGGUGGACUCUGGUGAAUCAUGAGGUUGCAGAGCAGUUGCAGUGGGCCCAGGCUCUGUCACAACUUUGGGAAUCCUACGUCACUUCCCUCACUGAGGCCAUGGCAAAGCUGCAGCUGCAAGAGGAAAAGUAUAAUCAGCUGUUGGCGGUUAAGACGUCCGAAAGCAACACUGCCGAAAUCCUGACUCAGAAGUUGCAGGAUGUGAAGGAACUGCAGCAAGACCUACAGAGCACACGUGAAGCUUUUCUCCAGAAUUCAACAUUAGUGGACCAGCUACUUCAGCGGGCAGGUCCAACUGCACAAGGCGUCCUCUCCCAUCAUUCAUAUUCACUCCAAAGGAUUUCCUAUUUGGAGAAGAUGCUCCUUAUAAAAUCAAAUGAAUUUGAGUUUGUCCUUUCCCAACUCAGGGACUUCAAGGAUCGCUUGGAAUCUCUGGAAGGCCAUAUCAAGGAUCCAGUCAAGAGUCUGGACCAACUGAGCCUUCAGGGAGAAGGGGAGAAUCCCGAACCAACUUUGAACCACAUGUUGGCACUAACAGCAUUAUCUCCUGACAUCGAAUAUUUGAAUAGAGAAAGCUUCAAGCUGCCCCUGAGCGACGUCACUGUAAAGACACUGCACAAUCUGAACCGGCAGUGGGCUCAGGCAACAGCAGCAGCAGUGGAACAAUGCAGUGAGGUUCAGGGAAUUCAGUCCAAAGAAAAGAAGUUUCUUCAGAAAUAUGAGAAGUGGGUAGAAUUUGUGGAGAAGAUGGAAGAGACACUGAAAAUGAAUAUUGCUGGCAGACCUGAAGAUCUUUUGGAACAGCAGAAAAUAUUUGAGAUGUUGCAGGGGGAGAUUUCUGUGAACCAACAUAUUGCCAGUUCUGUCACCAUCCAGUCCCUUCACCUGCUAGAAGCAGCACAAAUAGAGAACAGAACGGAGUUCAUUUCCAAACUCACAAUGUUGAAGGAGAUGUGGCAAAGUGUUACCCUAAGGGCUCAGCAAAGGAAGAAUGACAUUGACGGACUCGUGAAGCAAUGGCAAGGCUUUAACACUUUGCUGAAGAAUCUGAUGAGAUUCCUUAAUGGCACCAUCCACUUCCUGACAGCCAUUAAGAGUCAGGAUUGCUACCGACUUUGCGAAAUUAUAAGUCUGAUUCACGACCUCAAGAAUAAAGAAAUCAUUUUUCAGAGGAUGCAGAUUCCCUACUCACUGACCUUAACAGCUGGAGAACAGUUACUAAACACAUCCGAUCCAGAGACCAAGAACUCCCUCAAAAUGAAAAUCAAGCUCCUGCAGGAUGAAUGGAAAACCACACGGCUUCAGUUGGAGGAGGAGCUGAAGCGCUUGAGAAAUAUUGUAGAGACCUGGGACAGGUGCGAAAAACAAAUCAAGGAACUGGGAAGUCGACUGCAAAUUUUGAAGGAAAAAAUUAAAGCACCUCUCCCAGAACAGCAUGACGAGCUCUAUAAAGACAAGGAACUGAUUAAGGAGCUGGAGACCUCCUUGUCCACCUGGGCCCCAAACCUCCAAGAAGUCCGGACCCCCAAGGCCGCCUUAGCCCGGCUCCUCCUGGAGGAAGACGUCCUGGCUUGCGAGGAGCAGAUCGAGCGGCUGCACGGACAAUGGGAAGAACUGUGCAACAGGGUAUCUCUGCGGAAACAGGAGGUUGAGGACAGACUCAACACCUGGGCACUGUUCAGUGAGAAGAACACAGAGCUAUGUGCCUGGCUGGUGCAGAUGGAAAACAAAGUUUUACAGACGGCAGAUAUUAGCAUUGAAGAGAUGAUUGAAAAAUUACAAAAGGACUGCGUGGAGGAAAUCAACCUGUUUAGUGAGAACAAGCUUCAUUUAAAGCAAAUGGGAGAGCAGCUCCUGAAGGCCAGCAGCGCCGCUAGAGUCACGGAGAUCGACGACAAACUGAAUAAGAUGAAUGACCGCUGGCAGCAUCUUUUCGAUGUCAUUGGAUCAAGGGUGAAGAAGUUGAAGGAGACCUUUGCCUUCAUUCAGCAGUUGGACAGGAACAUGAGCAGCUUGCGCACCUGGCUGGCUCGGGUGGAGUCGGAGUUAUCUAAGCCUGUGGUUUACGACAUCUGCGACGAUCAGGAGAUCCAGAGGAGGCUCGCCGAGCAGCAGGACCUGCAGCGAGACAUUGAGCAGCACAGUGCAGGGGUGGAGUCCGUGUUUAGUCUCUGUGACAUCCUGCUGCACGACCCGGACGCAUGUGCUAACGAGACAGAGUGCGACUCUAUUCAGCAGACGACGAGAAGUCUAGACCGACGCUGGAGAAACAUCUGCGCCAUGUCAAUGGAGCGGCGCUUGAAAAUUGAGGAAACAUGGCGACUGUGGCAGAAAUUUUUGGACGACUGUUCUCGCUUUGAAGACUGGCUGCAAUCAGCAGAAAGGACAUCAGCCUUGCCGAACUCUUCAGAAGUGUUGUACACCAAUGCUAAGGAGGAGCUGAAGAAAUUUGAGGCUUUUCAGCGUCAAAUUCAUGAACGGCUCACCCAGCUGGAGCUCAUCAACAAGCAGUAUCGGCGCCUGGCCCGUGAGAACCGCACCGACUCCGCCAGCAAACUCAAACAGAGGGUCCACGAGGGCAACCGACGCUGGGAUGGCCUCCAGAAGCGGGUCGCUGCCAUUCUGCGCAGGCUCAGGCACUUCACCAAUCAAAGAGAGGAGUUUGAAGGGACCAGGGAGAGCAUUUUGGUGUGGCUCACCGAAAUGGACCUUCAGCUAACAAACGUGGAGCAUUUCUCUGCAAGUGACGCGGUGGAAAAAAUGCGCCAACUCAAUGGUUUCCAGCAGGAAAUAACAUUAAACACCAACAAAAUCGAUCAGUUAAUAGUGUUUGGCGAACAGCUGAUUCAGAAGAGUGAACCGAUGGAUGCUGUUGUGAUUGAAGACGAACUGGAAGAGCUACACCGAUACUGCCAGGAGGUCUUUGGACGGGUGUCCCGAUUCUACCGGAGGCUGACCUUUAGGCAUCCAGGUCUGCUAGGUGAAAAGGAGACAUCUGAGAAUGAGACCGAGGUGGAAGACUCGAGGGAAAUGCAGAGUGGCCCUUGGCACAAAAAGGCAGCCGGUGAGGGUCCUUCUUCACAGCAAUCCCUCUGCCACCUGGUGCCUCCUCCCCCAGGACCCGAGAGGUCAGGCUGCGAGACCCCCGUGAGCGUGGACUCCAUCCCCCUCGAGUGGGACCACACGGGUGAUGUGGGAGGGUCAUCUUCACACGAAGAUGAUGAGGAAGGCCAGUACUUCAGUGCCUUGUCUGAUGUAGGAAUCACUGAAAACCCUGAAGCGUAUCUUAAAAUGGCCACAAAAAUACUGCAAGCAUCUUCUGGUAAAUCCAUUUCUGAAGGCCCCACGUGGCAUUCUCCCGAAAGUCCUCCCUGUCGGAAGCAUCGCUGCAAACAAACGGAAGGUGAUAGAAGCGUACGGUUGGACACCCCAGACACAAGCACUCCGUUCAAACCGGGAUAUGUUCAGCAGUUGGUUCCAACGAGUGUCGACAGUGGAGCCGGCGGAAAGGAAGGGCCUGGACAGAUGAACAGCCCAGAGCAACAGGAUGACGAAACUGGGCUUGGGCAGCUUGUGGACGCAGACCAACAAACGGGUACUUUUGAUCAAUGGGAGCUCAUUCAAGCCCAAGACCUGCAAAAUAAGCUUCGCUUGAAGCGCAACUUGAAGCAAUGGAAUCGGCUGAAUUCCGAGCUCCAGGUUGUCACUGCUUGGCUGAAAAAAGCUGAAGGAGAACUGGAGGAGUUCCAGAAAUCAGAACCUGCAACUAGUCUCCAGGAAAUUGAACGCCAAGUAAAGAAGCUUAAGGACAUAUUAAAAGCCUUCGCUGGCUAUAAGGCAUCGCUGAUCUCCGUGAACCUGAGCAGCGAGGAAUUCCAGCAGGGAGAGAGCUCUGAAUCCAAAGAGCUUCACAACCGACUUCGGCAGCUGAAUUUGCACUGGGAGAAAACGAGCCGUGCUGCGGACAGCUGGAGGGAAGGCCUGCGACGGUCCCUGAUGGAGUGCCAGGAUUUCCACAGAUCCAGUCAAAACCUGCUGUUGUGGCUGGCGGAAGCAGAGAAGCGGCACUGUUUGGCCCAGAUUUCCGACCCCCACGCUGAUCCCCACGCUCUCCUAGAGAGCCAGAAGGAGUUCAUGGAACUAGAAAAGGAGCUAUCGGAACGCCAGCUUCAAGUAAACGCCCUUCAGGAGAUCUCGGCUUUCCUGCUCGUUAAGGGAGAUGGAGAAGAAUAUAUUGAAGCAGAUGAGAAAAUACAUGUCAUUCAGCAGAAGCUCAAACGACUCCUUGAGAAAGUGUCCCAGGAUUUAAAAUCUACACAAGGACUUCUGGGAGGAGCCGAAGGAACUCUCGAAGGCAAAGUCAAGAAAGACAGCAGAGUGGAGCGUUCUUGUGAACCCGGCCCAGGCUCCGCUCAGCGUCGCUCCUUCCUCUGUCGGGUGAUCCGCGCCGCCUUACCUGUGCAGGUGCUUUUCCUUCUGCUCUUGCUGCUGGCCUGCAUGGUUCCCUCCUCGGAGGAAGACUACAGCUGCACGCAAGCCAACAAUUUCGCCAGGUCGUUCUACCCCAUGCUGAGGUACACCAAUGGCCCCCCGCCCACAUAGAAGGGGUCUGAUCACCCCCUCCCGGGACCCAGGCUAUGGGUGCUGGCCUCCUGAGCCUCCCAGUCCAUGAUUCCAGAACGAAGCCAUUUCAGAUGCUGAAUGGAUGGCGAGAGCUGUGUGCUCCUCUGUAUCCCUCCCCUCCGCACCCUGCUCCUUCCCCCAUCGCCCCACUCCCUCCCGGCACCUUUGCGCCCCACCUGAGGUGUCGAGGGGCUGCAAGGUCAGGUAAGGUAGGGUUCAGGUGAAAGAGGUGCCGCACUGAUCAUUGGUGUUUUUAGGCGACUGUCCACUGCGGGCAGGGCAGGCCUGGGCCCAUCAGGACUCCCAGCUUUAAAAUGCUGGUAGUUCUGUGGAAGAGCUCAAAAUGUUCUCUAGAAACACAGUAGCCAAAUGUACCGCAAGGUGUGAACGCCGACAGGUUCACAGAAAAUGCACUCAUUUCUUCCCAUCUCACUAAUGCGCAGUCUAAUUGUGAUCGGGACCAGCAGCCAUUUAACAAGUAAUCGGAAAUGGUUAGAUGCAGAGACAUAAAUUUUCGUGAUCCACUGAUAGAAACAAUCACAGUUAGAAUUUUUAGCAUUUUCAUUUUCCUCGUUAUUUUGAGUAAGGUGACAGACGUUUCUGUUUAAUGUUUUUGGUGUUGCUGUUUGCCCUUUUAUAUUUUGGAAAAUCUCAAAGACUAUAGUUAUUAUAUUGCAUGGAUGUGAUUUAUAUUGUGCCUAUUUUUCAAGCGAGAUGCUGAAGAUGUUUGCUAUUACUAUAAUUGCACUGUAAGAGUACAAAAUGCAUAAUGUAAACUUUGAUUUCUUUAAUGUACAGUAAAAUACCAAAAGUAGGCUAUGAUUUUUAUAGAUUGAUUCGAUCUAUCACACUUAAACUGAAGGUGCAGCUAUUGUCCAUCAUUCGACUCUGUACAAGGUGCGUUGGUCAAAAGUAAUGAAGCUGGUUGUGGCUUCUCCAAGUCAAGUCUAGUUUUACACUUAUAAGUGUGCCCCCGUAGGCUGCAAAUUGUCACAUCUCGGAUUAAAAGCAACUAUGUCCUGCUGUUGCAUUAUGUCGUCUCACAAGCUGAAAAGAUUCUGCACUGUAAUGUUCCUUUCCCCUUGGCUUUUGUUUUCGGAAAAACUUCCCUUGGUGACGUUGCCAUCAUUUUAGGUCAUUAAUGAUGAGCUCACGAGAAGAGGGAGGAAUGAAUGGUUAGGUAAGAAUGAAGGCAUCGUGACUCUCUCAAAGGUGCAGACUUCUUUUCUCUGUUCAAAAAAAAUGCUCCCAACCAUAGCGCAACUCUUUAGUUCCUGCCCAUUGAGAAUGCAGUCAGCCCUUCCACAGUGUAUGUCUCCACCACGCUGUGUUCGGGAUAGAGGAUUGGGAGGAAUUAGGGCACGUCCUUCCCCGAUAUGUGUCUGUGUAGUCAGAACGUGACCGGGAUGGCGGUGGAAACGGGUGUGCUCAUAAUCGUGUGGUGUCAGUCAGGGCAUACGAAUUUUCCUCAGUGGGUUUUCGUCAGGAUCGUAACCUCCGCGUUAUUAGGUAACUGAAUGUAGCUACAUCCAUCUUUAUCUCAGAAAAAUGCUGAAGCAACUGCACCCCCCUCCCUGAAUCAGCUUACGCAGAACCCAAAAUCCAUCUCAGGGGGCUGGCACCAGAAAGCUCAAAACUAGUAAUCUGCAGUUGUCCCAACCACCGAUCAGAUUUGGCUGAAAGGCAGCCCGUGACGCAGGGACCUAUCGCCCGACCCUCCUUCCCCCAGCCAGGGUUAGGUGGGGGACUUGAAACCAUUUCACCUGUGGAAUGUUAUUGGUCCCGUCGUAUUUGCUCCCUCUUGAGUUCCAUUCUCUUGACAACUCUCCAUCUGACUUUUUGUUCGGUUAACCAGCUGACCCGAAAUGCGCCUUAUACCAUUAAGCAGCUUAUGUAAGAAGACUAUCCGAAGAGUUGAAAGGUCUACAGAAAAUUUCAGUCUGCAAUUUACCUUCAUUAUGUACAGUUUUAUGGAAUUGCUGAGUUGAUAAUAAAAAAAGUGCUUUUACCAAAUAGU